CGGCGUCGGGCCCCCGGGAGACGCGGAAGGUCCGCUCCAGGCGCUGGCGGGCGGGCGGCCCCCAGCGCGGCCCCCGCAGCGGGUAACACACGAGCGAGAAGCAGGCGGCGGCCGCGGCCGCGGGGAAGGCGGCCGAGCCCACGCAGUCGGCCAGGCGGAGCGCGGCGUCGGGACCGGCCGAGCCGCCCGGGGAGCCGCCGGGGCGCCGCACCUGCAGCUCCCGGGCCGUCAGCGACAGCGAGCAGGCGGCGGCACCGGGGGCCGGCCCCGCGCCGAAGAUGCCUUGGAGGAGCACCGGGCCCCCGCCGGGCUCCGGGGGAGCGCGGCGGCCGGCGGCCAUCGGCGGAGCGGGCGCGGAGCGGAGCGGGAGGCACCGGGGAGCGCCGCCCGCCGCCGCUCGCUGCUGACGCCCGGCGAUGGCAGGCGGGGCGGCCCCAUUCAUAAAAAUUUAACCCACCCACCCCCCCGGCCACCCCUUCCCCCGCCGGGGGAGGGGGCCCGUCCCGGGGCUGCUCCGGCACCCCCCGCACCCCCCCGGCAGCUGCCUCAGUUUCCCCAAGCGCCGCCCCGCGCUCCGGGCAGGGCUCCGGGGGGAACCGGCUCUGCAGACGGGCGGGGGCAAAGCGACGCCGCGGGUUUGCCGCGGGUGGGUCUGCGCUGCCGGGGCGGGUGUCUGGCGUGGGUGCUCCCGCGGGUGCUGGGGCGGGCAGGGAACCGGCCCACGGUCACGCCGGGAGAGCAUCGGCAAAGCGGCACCGGGCAGCCACCGCAGCCCCGGUUCCUGCACAUCGCUCCUAGCCAGGCACAGAUGGGCGCUGGCGGAGGUCCCUCGAGCCCCCACGCUGGGCCGAACGGCGUUCAACACCAUUUCUGCAUCUCUCCAGUCGGCACAGGGAGAGAGGAGCAGAGUGGGGGCCUGGAGAAAUCGAGGCACGGCAAGGGCUGAGGACAGCGGGCAGCCGGCGGGGGACACCUCCAGGAGGGAGGAUGGAGUGGAACAAUGUCCUGCCUGUGACUGGUGGCUCGCCAUCAGGUAUCCGUGAGGGUUGGAGGGUGCCAUGGCCACGGAGCCCCGUGGAGGGAGGUGGGCUGUGCUUUGAACCCCACCUGGGGGCACAGAGCGCUAGAGACAGAGCCUAGGGGACCUGCCUGGAGGGUGCCAGCAUGGCUGCGAGCUGCUCCGUGCCCGGUGGCAGCUGGCAAAAAUCACUUACAGCAGCUUUUGCUGGCGAUAGAACUGACCUCACCCUCCCAAGGGACUGUCAGGCUCCAGGGGGUCUGGCCCAGCCCAACAAGGAUUAUUUUUUUGCCAACCAAUUCCCCGUGGAUGCAGCUCUGCCUUAACCUUGAGCUUGCACCUCAGGGGGGCAUCGCUCUUCACACUUAGGGCAGUUUAAUUAGCAGAAAGCCCUCAGCCCUCUGUCCUUGCUUAUACCCACUGGAACUGGCCAAAACAUUGCAGGGAGGGCAUGGGAUGAUCAGCUGGGCAGAUAACGCUGUUGAGUCUUGUUUUCCCACAGUGACCUAAGAGGAGAGUCCAGGUCCCAUGCUUUGGAGCACUGCGCUUUCCAGAAAGACUUCUCUGGGUUCUGUGGGUACAAAGGGAUGCUCAGAGGGGCAGAUGGGGCAAAGCCUGCUCCCAGCCCUGAUGCUUUUGGCUCUGGAACCGCAGCACUCACAGCUGAUUCUGGGUGAGAUUCAGGCACGGCCACUUUCCUGGCCUCUGCCAUGACACAGUCCAGCGUUUGUAAACAGCCCUGAGGUUCCUCAGCAAGGUGUCAUGGGAGGAAAUAGCUGGAUGCCGGAGAGUGCAGCGUCCUGACCUGCCCCUCACCCUUCUUGGUGACUAACCCGCUCCCAAUUUCCGCUCAGGAAGGCACGAGUCACUUUGGGAGGAUGUGGGAGCAGCUGUCACACUGCUCCUGGCAGGUGCCACGGGGCGAUGAGGCUGCUUUGGGCUCUGUCCUCACCGCACUACAUCCGUCCAUGGCCCCGUGUGGCAGGAAUCCCCCUUUGCCCUGCCUGCCUGCACUUGGAAUAGCAGUGGAAUGCCCAUCCAGGCUCUGCUGGCCACGGUCAUGCUGUGGGCAAAGGGGCUGAGAGUGGCUUCAUCAUGAGGUGUCGAGGAUGGCAAAGGGGGCAGGAAGGGUUAGGGAAGGGCUGCCCAUGGCAGGGAUGCCAAGGGCAGGGAAAUGAGGGGACUGCAGCCAGGUUUUUCUCAGUGGGGCAUGGGACCAGCAUAAAGUCAGCCUCUGUGAUGGCAGGGGACACCCAGGCACAGCUUAUUCAUCUUAGUGCUGGUCUGUGGGGACAAGCCCAUCUCGAUGCUGUGCCACUUUUGGACACCCACUCCAUGCCAUGGCCAGCCCUGUGGCCACCAUCAGCCCCAGGCAGGUCCCUUUGCUCCCUGCAGCCACAGGCUGAUCCGCCCCUGUCCCACAUGGACACCACUUGUUUGCCUUCAGAUGUGCUGUCUAAUGUGGAAAUGGGAUCGGCUCCUUCCCCACUUAGUGCUGGCAACCAGUUGGGGGCUGUGGUAAUUAUGGGAGCCUUAACGAGCUCCCUCGACCCCAACGUCAGCCCGAGGGGUGCUCAGCAGCCAGGGCUCCUGCGCCAUGGGCAGGUGUCUGCCGGUCAGGUUUGUCCUGAUCGACUCCAUUCCCGCCUGGGCGGCGGCACAGGCCGUGUGCGUGGGCGGGAGCGCUGGGAUGUGCCGUGGGGAUGCAGCACGGAGUGUGGGGAUGCAGCACGGAGUGUGGGGAUGCAGCACGGAGCCGGAGCCAGCGGAGACAGCUGGUGGAGAAUCCCCCCACCUCCUUCCUCAUUGCCCACGGAGCAGCGUGCCCAGCCCAGCCGUGACCACCGAGAUCACUGGGAGGGCCUGUGGGGUAUCCCAGGCCCCACAGACAUCAUCUGGGAGAGAAGGCUUGUGUGUUUGAAGCACCGUGCCUUUGGCUUGCUGGAGAAGGUGGUGGAUGCUCUGAGUCUGGGGAUACCGAGGCAGAAGCAGCGGACAAGCUGCUAGAGGAGCUAGACCCCACAGGGAGCUUAUGCUGGGGGAAGAAAGCACAGAGGCUGGGGGCUUUCCAGCCCUGCUGUAACCCUUCAUGCCCCUGCUGAUGAAAUCCGGGAGCUGCAGCAUGGACCUGGAACAGUCGGUGUCAGGGCAGGCCUGGAUUUUGGGAUCCCACUGCCUUCAUCGCAGCCCCGGAGGAGUUGUGCAGAGGACAUGGCUCUGCUGCAAGAUGAGCUGCAGCGUUUCCCUUUGAGACACGCAGCUCCUCCAGAUCCCUGCCUGCUCUGCCACAUCCGCCGGCAGCCACCCAGGGACGGGAGGGAGAUGCACUCAUCCCGGAUCCAUCCCUUUUAGCAUCGUUCCCACCACUGAAGGUACACGUCUCAAGGUGGAGCCAUAAAUAGCGCGGCUCGGGGCUGCAUCGCGGCUGGCAGGGCUGCAGGCUUGGCAGGGGGACAGGCACCGACUGCAGCAGUGGGAACUUUCCAGGCAGCGCCUGCAGGAGCGGCCGGUGCGGAGACGGAGCCGUUUCUGUGCAGAGCCAGCCCAGGGACUGCAGCUCAGCCCCUCUGGCCCUGGGGUUGGUGCUGACACAGGGGACCAGCACGGAGCAGGAGGGGACAGGACUAACAGAGGUAUCUCCUGCAGGAGGGUGACUGGGAUCACAUCCCACCUGAGCUGGGACACAGGUCUGGGCUCUGCCACUGAUUUGCUGUAGAACUUGGGCAAGCGGCUGCACCCUCUCCCUGUCUCCAUGACCCAGGAGCAGCAGGUAUCCCCCACAAUCCAGCUUCACUCAGGGCCCAAGGCUUGGCCCUGGAGGAUUCCCAGUCUCCAAGGAGCUGGGGGUUUUCUGGAAGCUCCUAAAUCUCAGCCAGGCUCUGCAACCUGCUGGGCGGCUGCUCCCCAGCCCUGACCCUCUGCCGAGCUCUCCACAGCUGCCGGCACAGCCCGGGACCGCAGGGCUCACCGGGAAGCCUGAACAAUGCCGACGAGCUGAGAUCAUUCCUCCCAGCUGAUUAUUUGCUCAAAAAUAUUUCUGAGCUCAGGCCUCCUCGGGGAAAACACUCCCAAACACCCAGCAAAAAGCUGCUGAGUCUGGAGGAACCACACACCCCGCUUGCUCAGCCGAGACACCCCCCCCUCCGAUGACAAACCCUGGCGUCAGAGGGAUUGAGGCCAAAGUCGGCUGUUUGAUCUCCCCCUCGGCUGGGGGAAGCCGAAUUUCAGGCCCUCAAAGGGCUUUCACCACUUCCCUGUAGCGGUUUCCUGCCAUGAUGGGAGUACAGGAAUUUUUGAGAGGUGAGUCAGAGGCUGCCGAUGAGAACCACCUGGCUGGGGCUGGCCUGAGAGGCUUGAUCCCCAUCCAGGGGUGAUCCCUGCUACGAGGCUGGAUGCCUGUGGGCAGCAUUCCCAGCGUGGAAUUACUUAUGAGGGGCACAGCAUCCCACCGCAGCCCCCAACUUCUGGCCUGGGAAAGAAGGAGAGGGAUUUGCUGCCUCAGUUCCCACGGCUCCUCUUUCCUUGCCAGGCACGCUCCGGCCACCCCACCCGGGCUCCAGGGAGAAACUCGGUUAAGAAUAAAGAGCAAAACCUCAUCCGGCUCUGCAGGAAACUGCCUGCAAUGGCCGUCCCACCCCACGGAACUGCCCCAGAGCAGCGCCGAGGCCUGGCUUUCCCUGGGGAGCAAUGCAGGACUUGGCAGAGCUGAGGAACUGCCCUCCCUGGUUGCUGAAAUUCAACAUAUAAACCGAGUUCUGGUAAAGGAACCUCCCAGGUUUUCCCUGCUGGGCUAUUAAAGCUCCAUGACCCCCUGCCCACUCUCCCCUUCCAGCAUUGCUCAAGCCCCUCUUGUGCAGAGAAUAACUGCGUGGUGUCCAGAGAGUGAGACUGAGCCGGGAUAAGCCUUUGGAAAGGAGCUAAACCUGCUCAAAGCCGGCGCUGUUCCCUGACCCGCCCUCCUAAUCCUGCCCAGCUCAUAAUGGAAUAAUAAAGGGCUGCACAGCCUCGCUCUCCACCGCGCUGUGGGGGAGGUUCCUGCUGCCUCUGUACAUGCCAGGAGCUGGGAUAUUAAUUACUCCCUAAGUAAACAGAAUUGCUCCUUU